AUGUUGUCCCUAACGAUGCGUCGUGUGGCAGCAACAACAACAACAACAACAACAACAAAAACAGCGGCGGCAAUAAUCAUGCCAUCGUGCCUGGGGACGAGAGCGCGCGGGAUGAACGCCACCUCCCUAAAGACGAUUUGCAGAUGUGGCACCACGACCCGAGUUGCGCUUGCUGGAGUUAAGGGGCAAACUUACUCACGUUUAGGAAUGGAUGGAUUUACAGACGUCACGUACAACACUGCGGCAGAUUUGUUUUUGGAACACGUGGAAAAUGUUCUGGAAAGCGUUGACAGCAGUGCCAUUGAGGAAGUGAAUCUUUUGAGUGGGGUCCUCUCUGUUGAGACGGUGUCGAGUGGAACUUUUGUGCUUAACAAGCAAGCGCCGAAUGUGCAGCUGUGGCUCUCAUCACCCGUCUCUGGGCCGCACCACUACGACAUGGUCCUGCCGGCUGGAAAAGACAAGGUGGAGGGGGUGAAUGAUGUACAGUGGCUUGCUGACAGCGAUGGACACUCCCUGAAGGAGAAGCUGGAGAGGGAGUUAACGGAGACGCUGGGAGUGGAAGUGAAACUUUAA